AUCAUUCGCCCAAACGCACCUGUAACCCUUGACGGGAAUUCACGUGGAACACGUGCCGCUUCUGCCAGGAUUGACUUGCUGAUGUGAGAUAGCGAAGAUGAGGUCUCAGGUUCUCCUGUUGGUCCUGUCGUGCUUCACCCUCGCCUCGUGCGGAGACGUGGUUAUCCGUGGAGAGGGAAGUCUCAUCAAAGUCCAGUCCGACUGUAGCAAAACAAGAAAUGGCGUCACGACCAUCACUCUUUAUGCAGACCAACCCGUUGUUGUGAACUUCGUUUGCAAAGGCGGCGUUGUCGUUUCGCCGAAAACACGAGACGGUGUGACAUACGUCCAAACAGCUGCCUUCGUACCUGGUGCAGGACCUGUCUGUCUGUUUGAGAAAAUGGCAAGGGCCCAAGUAUAUAAACUGAAAGUAGAAGUCGCCAGAGGAAAGAAAGGGGGAACUUUCGUCGUGAAUGACGAUAACAUCUUUCUCGUCACAUGCAAAUAUGACUCUGAAUCGAAAAAUAGUACCACUAAGGAAUACAUUGACCUCGGACAUUAUAUUUUCGAGGAGAUUUUUAAGAACAGUGGCUCAAGACUCAAAAGCAUUCCAGUGGAACUGGCGGCCGUAGACGUAAUUGGAAAACCAGUCAAAGACGCGUCACUCGGGCGUAUUGUGAAGCUCCGUGCAAAGGUUAAAGGGUCACUGCGCCUUCGUCCCGUCAGCUGUGUUGCCUUCAAUGGCGUCAAGGAGUAUCGGAUUCUACUUGGCGGGUGUGGUGAUGGCAUUGUGUUCCGAAAGACAUCCGGCUUCAAAGUGAGAGGCAGAAUCAUCGACAGUCCAUUCUUCGUGGCCUUCCGUCUACAGGGGUCCGUGCACAUGGGGUUCAAGUGUAACUUCACCGUCUGUCACAACGCAGCCAAGUGUGAUGGGAAUUCCUGCUACAAGAAAAACAGAAAAAGACCUAAGCGAACAGCAUUGUAUCCUUUACAAACAGGUCCGGAGUACGAAGAACAGGAAGAAGAGAUGUUUCCCGUCACCGCCGUGAUGUCUCCCAUCACAAUCAAGCCGUCCUCCAACCGACGACGACGACGAACAUGUCGAAGACACGUCCACGCAUUCCUCUCGCGGCGGCCUCCGUGUCCAUCCGCCCUUCCAUAACACGUUCCAAGUUCGGUGUUGAUGGACUCCUUUCGGAAUUAAACUGGUGGUAUACGGUU